AUGCCGACUCCCACCGUUGGACAGCGUAUUGAUAACCUUCCAAUGGUAGCAACGGUGAGCCCUGAUGGACCACUACCGAGGAUUGUGCCCUUUACAGGUUCGGGGGAAGAUCCUAUGCAGUUCUCCUUGUGGCUCCGCCGUUUGGAGGACGUCAUGCGUAUGAGGUCCACCACAUGGACGACCCAACAGAAAGCCUACUUCCUCACAGGCUACCUGGAUGGAGUGGCUAGGGAGAAGCUGGAGGAACUAACCGAUGAGGAGCGGGACGAUUAUGGGGUCGUCGUGGAACACCUCAAGAGGACUUUUGAAGGCCCUCAGCAUCGGUACAUGGCGCGUCAGGCGCUCGCCUCGUGUCAGCAGCAAAUUUCUGAAUCUGCUUCCACGUUCGCGAACCGUCUGCUACUUUUGGUUCGGGCCGCUACGGCUGGUCAAGACCCAGCCAGCCAAAAGGAUAGGGUGCUAGAAGAGUUUGUAUCUAGACUCCGCCCCGACCUCCGUUAUUACGUCAAGCUCGACAAUCCAUCCACGUUCGAGCAAGCGGUAGCGAGAGCGCAGAUGGUGGAGCAGCUACUCAGGGAAGCUACAGCGGAUCGACUCAUGAGACCUUCUCUAGGGCCCCAGACUGUCGAGGAGCAGAAAGCGGACCUCCUUUGCUCGGCGAUUAUGUCUUUCAUUGAGUCGCAGCGCUUUCCUCAAAAUCUGAGUGAAGAACAGCGUGCCACAUGGUUGGCGAUCGCCGAGAAGUGCGUGAUCCGGAAAAACGGAUGUUUCUAG